UCAAGUGAACUGAAUCUAUCUAUUGUUAAAGAGAUGUUAAGCAAACUUGUGAAUAAAUUUAAGAAGCAUUCUUUACAAGAAAAUGACCUUAAUAAUAUCCAGCCACAACAAAACACUGACUUGUAUUACCGUAGUACCACCACACUCAACUCUUUUUACUCGGAUAACAACUCGACCCUUCAUGACUCUGGCACUGAAUCAGAUGAUGAUGAGUUGGAGCGACUAGAUUGCAUGUCAACUAGAGAGCAUACGAGUGAUUUGACGGGUAAAAGUCCACCGAAUUUAACGAGCUCACCCCCGUUGCUGUCUGAUAUUGAAUCCAAUAGCUGGGACAGUACAGGAUGCGAAUCGGGUAUAGUGAUGGGUGAUCGAGAGGAGAGCAGUCGAGAUGUUGCUAUUGAAAGUGUAUUCGAGGUGGAACCGGAAGGUGUAUCGAUGCAUUAUAAUACCGCUGGCGGUUUAUAUUCCUCAACAAGCAAAUCGAAACAAACCGGUGCAUUUCGUCCAGUCACAACAACACUUCAUCACAGCACGCAAAUGGUCAUAAGUGGUGUUGGUGCACAGGAAUUUGUUGAGUCAACGAUUAUUGACAACGAUGCAGACACUGAAAAGAGAAGAGUUGGUUCAUUAUAA